GAACAGGUCUGUCGAAAACGAAGGAGAACAAAUCAAUCCCUCCACUCUCAUUUUAAGACCAUCCUCCAAUUUAAGAGCAAAGAUAAAAAGGACAACCAAAAUCCCACACGCCGGACCACCUCCCGCGGCCGCCUCCAUCCCCGAACAUGGCUUCCUCUUGUUCUCUCUUUCACUCUUCUCUCUCCUCCAAAUCCAAAUCCAAAUUCCCAUUGCCCCGUCAUCAAAACAACACCAAAUUCAAUCGCCCUCCCCCUACUGUUAUCUCAUGCACCUCCUCAUCUACCUACGAUCCCUGCCCUUCUACUACCUCCUCUAACAGUAACUCCCCUUCUCCACUAAAGAGCGGACGCCUUGCCGAUGAGAACAUCCGCGAUGAGGCUCGUCGCCACCGCUCCAUUGCCAACAACACCUUCUCCGCCAAGUACGUUCCCUUCAAUGCUGGACCCGACUCCACCGAGUCGUACUCGCUCGACGAGAUCGUAUACCGGAGCCUUUCGGGCGGACUGCUCGACGUUCAACAUGACAUUGAGGCUUUGAAGAAGUUCGACGGCGCGUAUUGGAGGGAGUUGUUCGAUUCACGCGUGGGGAAAACCACGUGGCCGUACGGGUCAGGAGUAUGGUCCAAAAAGGAAUGGGUUUUACCCGAGAUAGACCCGGACGACAUCGUUUCGGCUUUCGAAGGGAACUCCAAUCUGUUCUGGGCCGAACGUUACGGGAAACAGUUCUUGGGGAUGAACGAUUUGUGGGUUAAACACUGUGGAAUCAGCCACACCGGUAGUUUCAAGGAUUUGGGAAUGACCGUUUUGGUCAGCCAAGUUAACCGUCUGAGAAAACUGAAACGACCCGUCGUCGGAGUCGGCUGCGCAUCCACCGGCGACACGUCGGCUGCCUUGUCCGCUUAUUGCGCCGCCGCUGGGAUCCCUUCCAUUGUCUUUUUACCGGCAAAUAAAAUCUCCAUUGCCCAAUUAAUUCAACCGAUAGCGAAUGGCGCUUUCGUUCUGAGCAUCGACACCGAUUUUGACGGUUGCAUGAAGUUAAUACGGGAAGUCACCUCAGAGUUACCGAUUUACCUUGCCAAUUCAUUGAACAGUUUGAGACUGGAAGGGCAAAAAACGGCUGCCAUUGAGAUUUUACAGCAGUUUGAUUGGGAAGUUCCAGAUUGGGUUAUUGUUCCCGGCGGUAAUUUGGGGAACAUUUAUGCUUUCUACAAAGGGUUCAAAAUGUGUCAAGAACUAGGGCUUGUUGAUAGGGUACCUCGAUUAGUUUGUUCCCAAGCCGCCAAUGCUAAUCCCCUUUAUUUGUGUUAUAAAUCAGGGUGGAUUCAGUUUAAGGCAGUCAAGGCAAAUACUACAUUUGCUUCAGCUAUUCAAAUUGGUGACCCUGUUUCUAUAGAUAGAGCUGUUUAUGCUUUGAAAAACUCAAAUGGGAUUGUUGAAGAAGCGACGGAGGAAGAGUUAAUGGAUGCAAUGGCGCAGGCAGAUUCUACAGGGAUGUUUAUUUGCCCUCAUACUGGAGUUGCAUUGUCUGCCUUGAUUAAGCUUAGGAAUAGUGGGGUUAUUGCAGCGGGGGAUCGAACGGUUGUGGUUAGCACAGCUCAUGGAUUGAAGUUUUCGCAAUCUAAGGUCGAUUAUCACUCAAAGAAGAUCCCGGAUAUGGCCUGCCGGUUUGCUAAUCCGCCAGUGCAAGUGAAGGCAGACUUUGGUUCUGUUAUGGAUGUGCUGAAGAAGUAUUUGGGAAAUAAAACUCCAAAUCACUAAGCUGAGCAUUUGGUAUGCAUGAUUUUAAUUCUGGUGUUACCUUGCUUUUAUUUUUUUUAUAUAAAUUUUGUUCUAGAUCGCCUUACUCAGCACAGAAAUCACCUGGUAGCCACGUAAUUUAUUUACAUUUUUUGAGCCAGAAGCUCCAUAUUUUUGUACCUAGAUCAGGAUUUGCUACAGUCGCCUCAAUAACUUGUUCAAUAAAAGCUUUAUAUUGUGGCUUUGGGUAAUCAGAAUCUAGAUAUAUGAUUGUGCCUCAAGAAUAUGCUUCCCUUUAUUCUGCAUUCACCCAUCAAAAUGGGUUGUAAGUUUUUCGUCUAAAGGAAGUGUUAAAUUACUUUA